AACAAUUUGAAGUACAACAUUAGGUUAAGUUCAAAUUUUUGUGAUCGAUUUAAAAAAUCGUAUUCAAAAACCAACAAUAAACUUCUAUUAUUCGGCUGAAAACAUUUCGAAUAUAUAUUGUGGUUUAAAUUUUGUCUCGAUGCUUUGAAUGAUUUAUAGUUAAACUGGUAUGUACUUAUUAUCAAUUGGAAAAAACGUAGAUGAAUAGGAACUUAUUCAUUUAUUCGAUUAUAAAAAAUUCAGGGUGAACAUUCUACUCACGAUCAACUAGUUUUAGGAGUUUGUUAUGGCCCACUGAGAUCAAGAAUUUUUAAAAAUGAACGACUAUUUCAAAGUAAAGGAAGAAAUAUUGGAUGAUGAUGAUUCAAACAAUGAGAAUAUGGAUGAAGAAGAAAGAGAUGAACCUAUACUGGGACCUGCGGCUCUUGGUUUACAACGUGUAGGAACAGUUCAGCCUCCCAAAUCUGUUGUAACUACACCUAAACAAGUUCUAAAUGCCAGAGGUAUGCCUGCUAGAAUUCGAAAGAAGAACAAACUUUUCUAUGAUGAUGAAUUAGUGAACACUCCUCAUCAUCGUGUACCAUCUGCGAAGAAGCAGAAAGUUUCAUCUGCACAUAAGAAAUCCAAAAGUGUAACUCCUGCUAAACAAUACAAGGAAAGUGUGAAAACUCCUAAGAAGGUAAAAGAAAAAUAUGUAAGCAAUACUCCUUUACCAUCUUUACAAAGUCCUGACAAAAAAAUCGGACAGAAAAUUGGUCUUCGGUUACGAAAUCUACUAAAGCUCCCUAAAGCUCAUAAGUGGGUAUGUUAUGAAUGGUUUUAUAGUGACAUAGAUAAUUGUUUGUUUUCUGGGGAAAAUGAUUUUAGCAUUUGCCUCAAGGAGUCUUUUCCUGAAUUGAAAACUAGGUUUCUGACAAGAGUAGAGUGGACUAAAAUAAGAAGAAUGAUGGGAAAACCUCGAAGGUGUUCUCAAGCCUUUUUCAAUGAAGAAAGAUUAGAAUUAGAGAAAAAACGAAAAAAAAUUAGAGCGCUGCAACAACGUAAAGCAACAGAUUUAGCUGGUUUUAAAGAUUUGCCAUCAGAGAUUCCAAUGCAGCUUGUAAUAGGAACCAAAGUUACUGCUAGGUUGAGGAAACCUCAAGAUGGACUUUUCACAGGAAGUAUAGAUGCGGUAGAUACUUCUAAUAAUACUUAUAGAAUUACUUUUGAGCGUCAGGGUCUGGGAACGCACUCAGUCCCAGAUUAUGAAGUUUUAUCUAACGAACCACCAGAUACUUUAUCGCUCUCAAGUUUUCAGAAUAAGUUCCGGCCUAGAAAUGGAUAUUCUGCGUCACCUUUUUCAGGAGGUAGUAAAACGCCAACCUACAUUAAUUUAAGGAAUAGAAAGGAUCCAUUGCUAUCUGGAACAACUUUAGAAAAACCUAUAAUAGCACAGAAUGAUCUGAAAAUUGGUGGUUUUCCUGUCAAAUUAUUGGAAAAAAUUGUGUUGGUUACAAAAAUUCUCAAUAUUAAAAAAACCAAGGUUAAGGCUUUGGGCGUGUUGAAUGCUAAAGCUGAAAAACAACAGUUAUACGAUCUUGAAAUUUCAGAAGAUUUUCAGAAGGAAUAUGCUAGUGUCUUAACUGAUUUAGAAAAAUUAAAUCAUGAUCUCCAAAUUAACUUGGAUGAAAUUCAAAGUCAUUGUCAUCAAAUUGCUCCAGAACCGAGUGUUGCGGCUAUGCUAGUACCUAGUCAUUUACGGGAAAAAUGUAGAGAAGAUGCUAUGGAAUUAGUGCAAAGACACAACAGUUCUACCGACAAAGCAAUGGCAAACGAGCAAAUCUACGAUCUGAUUACAGAUUUAACGGCUCUAAUGCUCCAAGUGAAAAGUUUAGCAGAUUCCGACCAAAAUGCUUAUGAACUCCAAGUUUUACAAGGAACCAUGGAACAAAUUAAAAGAAAAUUGAGCCCCAAGAGUCAGGAGGUAUUUGAGAAUCAUGUGGAGAUUUAUAUGAAGCAUAUACAGAUAGGUUUAGGCCAAGUUAAAUUGAAACCGGAAAUUUCUAGCCCGACUCCUCUUAAAACUUAUUAACUUUAUUAGCUCCAAAUAAUUAUGCACGGAAUUGUUUUUUUACAUGUGUCUGUUUUAUAAAUUAGCAUUUGCAACAAUAAUCAUUUGAAUUUUCGAUUUCUAUGGUCUUAACUGAAUGAAAAUUAUUGAUUUUAGUUACUGUAUAAAUUUUUUUCAAUAAUUUAUUAUCUUCGAAUUGAUGAAAGUAAAAUAAUUUAUUUCCCAAAAAUUUUUUUAGAUUCAAGUAUCAUUCGCCUCUUUCAUUAAUUCAAUGAUCGAUCUAUCAUCUACUUCAUUUUGUUGUUGCAAAAUGCAGCAACGUAAAUCACCUAGCUAACAGAAACUUAAUUUAGAGUAUUUAUUUAAGUGAUAACGGUGGAUUCAGAAAAUAUUUGAAGAGUUCGGUCAAGAUUUCCUCAAGUCAAGCUGUAUAAAGAAAGGUCAAUCAAAUUAUUUUUUAUUGAAGACACAGUACUAUAAUAAUUCGCUGCAUAAAUAUCUUGUAUUCAUUAUGAAAAGUUUUAUUUGUGCAAUAUUCUACACAAAGUUAAAAAAUAUACGGAAAAUCAUGAAUAUGUAUAUUUAUUUAAAAAAAAUGACUGAAUAGUGCAUUGUACAAGUUUUUUUCUGUAAUUAUUUGACAGAUAUUUUAAGUCUCUAUUUUUUGUAGGCCUUGUAUAUACUUAGAUAUUUAUAAAGCAAUUGUUGGAGUGAUGUAUAUAUCAUAUAUAUGUAUAUAAAUGGAAAUUAUAAGGUUUUAAUUUUUUUUUCUGAAAUUUGAGAGAUAUGUUUGUUAAUGAAAUAUUCUUGCUUUGUACAAUGUUUAUGUAUAUUGAUUGAAUAUGUGUGUAAGCAAAAUGAAUUUUUUUUAAUAUAAUUCUUCCAGAGAUUAAA